AAUCGAGUGUCCUUAGCAACAGAACAACAAAAACAAACGAAAUCCAAUAAGAUGGUCAGCAGAGUGCAAAGGAGUUUUUUUUAACUUUUGCUCCGAGGACACGCCCUCUACUUCCACUCCCCUGAUCGACCCUCUCUUCCUGUUGCGCGCACCACCAUCUGAUACGUUGUGGAGAUGAGCUACCCAGGUUAUCCUCCUCAGUCAGGCGGCUACCCGCCACAAGCGGGUGGCUACCCAUCACAAUCGGGCGGAUACCCACCACAAGGUGGCGGAUACCCACCACAGGCCGGGGGCUACCCACCACAGGCCGGGGGCUACCCACCACAGGCCGGGGGCUACCCACCACAAGGGGGUGGAUACCCACCACAAGGAGGUGGCUACCCACCACAGGCAGGCGGUUACCCUCAGAUGGGGGGUGGGUACCCACCAGCAGCGGGGGGCUACCCUCCCCAGGGUGGUGGCUACCCUGCCCCAGCUGGAGGUUUCCCACCUCAGGCCGGAGGAUAUCAACAACCUCAGCCAGGUGGAGGCUUUCCGUCCAUGCCUCCAGGAGGUGGCGGCUGGGGAGCGGCACCACAAGGCUACGGCGCACCAGGUGGCGCUCCACAGGGAUACCCAGGAGGGGUGGCACCAGGUCAGCAACCUGCGCCCAACUACCCCAGCGGAGGGGGAUAUGGAAGCGGGGUUCCAACUAAUCCUCAGGCACCCGCCAUCCCUACGGGCUACAGAGGCUCUAUUAAGGACUUCCCUGGGGCUGAUCCCCUGAGGGAUGUGGAAAUUCUUCGGAAGGCAAUGAAGGGUUUCGGCACAGACGAAAAUGCCAUCAUUGAGCUUUUGGGAAGUCGCAGCAACAAGCAAAGAGUUCCCAUGGUGGCAGCCUACAAAACAACUUAUGGCAAGGAUUUGCUCCACGAUCUGAAGUCUGAGCUGACUGGAAAUUUUGAGCAUCUUGUUCUUUCCAUGCUGAAGAGUCCGGCGCACUUUGACGCGUCCGAACUCAGAGAGGCAAUAAAGGGUGCUGGGACAGACGAAGCUUGCCUGAUUGAGAUCCUCUCGUCUCGCUCCAACGCGGAUAUUCGUGAAAUUGCGAGGAUUUACAAAGCAGAGUAUGGGAAAACUCUGGAGGACGCCAUCAACAGUGACACCUCCGGUCACUUCCGAAGACUCUUGGUUUCCCUCUGCCAGGGCAACCGCGACGAGAGGGAAAAUGUGGACAUAUCGCUUGCCAAGCAGGACGCUCAGAAACUGUACGCCGCGGGGGAGAACAAAGUGGGCACAGACGAGAGUCAGUUCAACGCCAUCUUGUGCGCCCGUAGCAAGCCUUACCUGCGGGCCGUCUUCCAGGAGUACCAGCAGAUGUGCGGUCGUGACAUCGAGAAGAGCAUCUGCAGGGAAAUGUCGGGCAAUGUGGAGUCUGGCAUGGUGGCGGUGGUGAAAUGCAUCAAGAACACCCCCGCCUACUUUGCUGAGCGACUGCACAAGGCCAUGCAGGGUGCUGGGACCAAGGACAGGACUCUGGUCCGGAUUAUGGUGUCCCGCUCCGAGAUUGACAUGAUGGACAUCAGGCAGGCGUACGUGAGGACCUACGGGAAGUCACUGUACACUCACAUCUCCGGUGACACCUCCGGUGACUACAAGAAGCUGCUGUUGAAGCUUUGCGGUGGUAAUGACUAAGAAAUGACAACCUUUCACAAGGACGGAACGACCAGUUGAUACUCAAAACUACCUGCAGCGAGUUCGUCCGUAUGCACGUUAUCUCUUAAUUGGAUACGUCGUGAUUAUUUUUUGCGUGUUUGUUGUAGUCGUCGCUUGCCAAAUAGACCCGAUUUAUAUAUUUGAAUAUAACCAAACUAUAGAAGGGCGUGCCUGGAUAUUUCAUGCAAACUACAACGUCUAACCGCGUGUGUUCUUAUCUGACCGAACGACAUGAAUGAAUGACAAAAUUGUCAAAUUCUCUAAAAGUGAAGUGCUGUGAAUAGUAAAAAAUACCGGUAGUCGCAUCGCUUCCGUUUUGCCAUAUUUUGUUUGGUUAGUCUCGUUUUAAAAUUGCAACCAAUCCUUUUUUUUUUCUUUGUUUUUGUGUGCACAUCUACAUCAGUACCGCUGUACCUUGACGAAUUCAAAUUUAUGCUUGCACGUCAAGAUACCACUGUAUUGUGUAGGUCUUUUUUUAAUUUUUUUUUUUUUAAAGAGGUGCACUUAUAUUUAAAAAAAGCCAAAUCAAUGGGCUCUCCUGCCAAGUGAUAAUUUACAAGUAGUUUUUUUUUUUUUAAAUAUAUGUGCACAGUGUACAAAAUGUGAUUUGUUACUUUUUGGGGGUUGCCAACACAUUUCAAAUGGUCAUUCGUGCAAAAUAUCUGCAAUGAACGCCCGCACGCGAACCUGUCGUACUCGCGCUUGCUCGCCUAUGCAAAGUAGCCACCGCUUUAUAUCGUUCGCUUGAGAUUACUGAACCUUUUUUUUUUUUGUUUUUCUGCUCGUUCCGAGCGUUAACUCAGUCUGUGGCCUUAGUCUUGUUGAUGCCACUAGAGGGCACUGUCAACAUAUUUUGCAACUGAAUGUCUUUUUUCGUGACAAUCUUGUCAGUGCUUGACAUGUACAAAACACACAAACUAAUAGCAUCAUUUUUAUUUCAAUUAAAAAAAGAAAAAAUAAUGACAUCA